GGCUCUACAUAUAAAAUACUUGUCUCACACAGAUUUCAAUAAAAGUCGUUAACCAGUCGAAAUAUCAUAGACAUGGAAGGUCCACCAAGAGUGAAGCUAGAUCUCAAACCCUGCAAAAAAUGCGGAAGAACUUUCAAUCCUGAGUCAUUGGUAAAGCAUGAGCGUGUUUGCAAUCCAAACAAGAAGGUCAAGGUGUUUGACAUGGCCAAACAGAGAGUGACAGAGGAUCUUAGCUUGAAGCAGAUAAAAGCUGCCCAAAGAAAGGCAGCUGAAGAUGCUAAGAAAAAAAAUGUUCAAGCACCAAAGUCGCACUGGAGACAGAAACAUGAAGAGUUUGUACGCAAUGUUCGUGCUGCUAGAGGAGCCCAAAAAGCCAUUGACGAAGGGCUUCCUCUCCCGCCACCACCUCCACCAUCGGAAAACCCAGAUUAUAUUCAGUGCCCAUACUGCAAUAGAAGAUUCAAUGAGAAAGCAGCUCAACGUCAUAUAGAUUUCUGUAAGGAACAAAAGAAACGGCUCCCUGCUAAUAAAAGAGUUCCCACUGAAAUAGAGCAGAAAAGAGCUGCUGCCACUAAGUACCAACCUCCAAAACCCAAAGGUCGAGGUUCACCUGCUGACUCUCCAGCUGCCGGAGGUGGAUAUGGUGCAUCAAGGGGAGGUUACUCCAGUGGUCCAGCUCCAAGAGGGGCACCAGCUGGGGCAAGGGGAACUCCUCCUGGGGCAAGAGGUACUCCCCCUGGUGCAAUGGGAUCAAAGUCAGAUGCUGGCAUGGGUAGGACAGCAGGUGGUUAUAGUUCUGGCUCCCAGGGUUAUAGUGCUGGUUCUCAAGGUUCUAGUUCUAGGGGCCGGGCUCCAGCACCAGCAGGAGGGGUAAAGAGUCGACAGCCCCCAGCCUCUCAAGGAACCUACGCAAACAAAUAUGCUGACCCCAGUUCUGGGCAAAAUGGUAUAAUGAAUGAUCCCUUAAGAGUACUUUCUGGGCGGUCUUUAAAACUAAGAGAAGACAGAAGGCCCGCCUCAAGAGAUAAACCGUCCAAUCAGAACAAUGUAUUGUCAGCCAAUAGGGGCGCUAUGGACGGUAAUCACAUGAUGUCUGCCCACAAAUCAUCAUCGUCAUCAGGUCAUAAUUUCCGAGGUACAGAUUCUGGUUACCAUAGCAGCAAUUCUGAAAAUGAUGCAGCAGUGCCUAGACUGAGAAAAACAGGUCGCCCUAGUAGUGGGAUCGCUAAAUUCUGUCAUGAAUGCGGUACCAAAUAUCCAUCAGCACAGGCAAAAUUUUGUAUGGAAUGUGGCAUAAGAAAAUUGGAAGUGCCAGCAAGAUAAGAUAGAUAACUGUGAAUGUCUUGUUCACCAUUUUUCUUUACCUUUUUGCAAAAUUGUUUCCCCUUAAACAGGGAUUGGGUAAAUAAAACAAUAAAUGUUUUUAGGAUGUUUCAUGUUAAGUUUUCAAAUUUAAUUUCUCUUUUGAUUUGCUCCAUGUUUGAAUUUUCUUUAACCUUUGAUUUAAUAUAUGUUUCAUAUUGCAUCAUUUUAGAACAGUGAGUGUUCUUCUGUCUUCUAUUUUAAUAUGGUGAUGAACCUUUAUGUUCCUAAUAUGACAUUAAUUUGUAAAUAUUUUUCUACAGACUAAGUAUAAGUCACAUAUUGAGGUAUUAUAAAAUAACUUGUCAAGAGAUUACUGUUUCAGCAUUUUGCACCUAAAUGUAAGUGUACAAAAAAGUAAAAUGCAUGUAAUGUGUUUUCAAAAUAUUAUAAGACUGACUGUUGAAAAAAUAAGAUAUCUGUUUGUGUUAAUAGCAGUUACAUAACAAAAAAGAUACCAAGAACUGAAGUUAUGACCAUUUUUUACUCUGUUUAUCUAAGAUUGUAAUACAAUGUUUUUAACAAAAAAAAAUAAUUGCAAAAGAUCUUUAAAUCGUCUCAAGCUAUAUAGAUGUUUAUUCAAAAUAGAAAACAUGAUAUUGUGUUGGUCCUUUAAACAUUCAUUUAAUUCUGCCACUAGUCUAGAACAGUUGCUUUCUUGCCAUCCACCGUGUUACUACUUUUUUUUCCUCAUUUUUUUUUAAAUUUUGGAUUUGAUGUUGCAUUAUAUAUUAGAGAGGUUGUGAUUUCUUACAUAUAUGUGUAUGGGUAGAAAAUCUCUAUAUAUAAAGAGAAGCAUAGAUCUAAAAUGUUUCCAGUUUUAAUUGUGUAUACCCAGUACAUAUCUACAGGUAUGGGUUUUACAAGUAGUGUUGAACAUAAUGAUCCACAAAUUCUGUUACAAGAUUUUUCCUUGAUAUCUCUUUAUCCUUUUCCUUGCUAAAUUUCUAAAAUGAACUGGUCCAUCAUUCAAUUUGGACAGUACCACUUAUUAUUCAAAGGAGUGUUCACUGAAAAUUUACUUACUGAAUAGUGAACAGUGCAGACUAUGAUGUGCAGGCUAAAGGUUAAAUGUAAGACUAUACCAUUGAUAUUGUACAUUGUUCUUAAGAACUCCUAGGGUGGUGUUACGAUGUUUUUGAAUAUUCAUAUAUCUUGAUUAGUUUUGAAAUUAUCAACAACAAAAAGUUGAUGAUGUAUUUUCCACUUUAACAACAUUAUUUUUAAAAUUCAAUUUUGACAUUAUUUAUAAAUAGAUUGUUACAUAACAUUCAGGGUAUCUAAAUUAGCAUGAAAGCAACAUUUCUAUUUAUCAGUUUGUAAAAUUUUGCCUGUAGAGAAAAAUACAUUUUUGGCCAAAAAAUGGACAGACAUUUUCAGAGAUAUCUCAGAAAGUCAAGAAACUGACUGUUACAUCUGGAGAUGUUUACAAUGAUUAUAAUUUUUACCUUCAGUUCAGGAAUAGCCCUGCCAAACAACCGGUAUAUUAUGUACAUAUUUGAAUGUUCUGAACUUACACCUCAGAUACUGAGUGAAAUAAAAAAAAAAAUGAAAUCCUGCAUAUAUGUUUGUAUGAAAACACAAUCUAUAGCCUGCAUUAUGCUAUGUUGCUAUAAAGAAAAGUCUCAUUGUUGUAGCAUUGUUAUAAAUACUGUUUCAUACACAUACAAGUUUACAAGAAGGAAAAUGGUACAUGUGUGUAAAAUUGUUGCUAUGGUAACCAGAAGAAUAUCAACCUGUAUCAUAAAAAUUAGAUAUUAUUUAACUAGGUAGAUAUUUAAAUUAUACAUGUUUUAUUUCACAGAUUUUUCAGCUGUUUAUUUGAUUUUUACAUUUUAUUUUUAGAAUACCUAUGGACACCAGUUGUGUCAGAAACAUUUUGUCUUUUUAGGAGGUACCACCAUGUUUAUUUUCAGUAAUAUCUCAUACUUUUGUAUUAUUACAAUGAAUAUGCAUUGUAAAUUUUAAAGAUCUUUUGUUACAUUUUGUUGCAUUUUAAUGCUUUCUGACAUAGUUCUGUUUCAAACUCUGGUAAAUAGUAAAAAAAACUGUCUAAAAUGACCUGAGAUGUCUUAAUAUAGAACAAAUGGCCUGUAUAAUUACAUUCAUACAUCACCAGUAAAUGAAAGAUUUUUUGUCAGAGUUAUCCUGUUGUUUUCUAUUAUGACAUCCAAACUGUAGAAAUACUAAUUUUCAAAUUAAAAAAGAGAUAUUCUGAAAAUUUCUUACAAGUCAUCUUCAUGUUCAAGGUCACAGGUCAUGAUUAAAAAGUUAAGGUCACAGAGUUGCUAUGUGUGUGCAAAGUGAAAUAAUGGUGUCAUUGAGUUUUUGACAUUGCUGGUAACCAUAGAAAAAUGUUUUAUUCUGUUUGCUUCAAUUUAAAUGGAGGGUGCACAUCAUAUUAUUUUUGUGUACGUACUAAUUGUGAUAUAUAUAAAUGUUGUAUUUAGAGGUUUGAUGGCAUAUGCUUUUGUGUAACCAGUGAGCAGGGUCCUUUUUAUUUUUAAAUGUUCCAUUAUUUGCUUUAUUCAGCUGUGUAAAGAUUGGUGUACCCUGUUUAUUUCUAAGCUUAUUUAUAAUCAUCACUGGUAACCCAUAUGAGUGACUCCUCCAGAAGACCGUUAGUAAUGUUAGUGAGAGGAUAGUGCAAGAUACAGAAGACACUCCAGUUCUAGAAGCUUGCCUGGUUCUUUAGGGUGCAAGGUGUAAAGCUUCCAUACAAGGGACUCUUAUCCCAACAUUAUUAACUUUUAGUUGGAGGAGUAAAGAAAAUUUGCUAACAUUUGAACAUCUAUAUCUUGCACUCCUCCCACUAAAAUUACUAACAAUCUUCUUAAGGAGCCUGUAUGAAUUACUGGUGACCACCAUGAAUUACCUUAAAUACAAACAUUAAUUCACAUUUACACAACAGAAUGUAGCAAAUACACUUAACAUAUAUGGGUUAUUGUGUUAAUACAAAACUGAUAUAUUACAUACUAUAUGGUUUGUGGGAUCACAGAUAUAUAAAUUGGAUACAAUGAUUUGUUUAUUCACUUUUCAAAGGUAACCAGAAAUGUUUUACUGCUACAUUCAUUUUGAUCACUAGCUGAAGGCUAGAGUUAUCUUUUGUGUGCAAAAUACUCGUAUAAAAAAUCAGUUCAUUGAAUGUUGGCACUUUUUCAGUUGUGCAUGUUAGAAGCUCAUAUGAUAGAUGCAAAAACAAGUUAAAUGUGAGAUGUCAGGGCAUUUAAUCACUUAUUGCCCUGAAGUGGCAUAUUGCUUGUUGUCUAAAAGCUGACAUAUUGAGUUUGAUAUUUUAUUCAUUAUAAAUUAUAAUUCAGAAAAAUCAUGGUAUAUUAAAGUACCUUUCUUAAUACUGAUACCUUAUACAUUAAGCAAUCAACCAGUGUUGUUAACUACUAACAUAAGUACAUUGUUGUGUUCAGUUUUAUUUACAGCUUGUAAUGAAAUAAGAUUACCCUUUUUUAUUAUUUAAUUUUGUACAUUUUUAUAGACGUGCAUGUCAAUAUUGUCUUGUGUUUGCUUUUGUUGCUUCAUAAAGUGAUAUUUUUAAAUGGGAUUCUAAAACUGUCACCAUAAAUUUAACUUUUGUUCAGUUUUGCCAGACUUUGUUGUUUUCCGGUUUUCAAGGCCUUUGUGGCUGAGUGGUUGUUAAAUGGUUAACCACAGAGAUCAUUGUCUUCGAGUCACUUGCCUAUUACCACUGUAGGCUCAACACCCCUCAAGGAAUGUAGAAUUCUUUCUUGUGAGCAAGGUGUCCAACUGGCUUGCUGGAAGUUGAUAUUUCUAUACAGGUGCCCACUUAGGGCUGAAACAAUGCCAUAAGGGGCACAUAAGGGUCUUCCUUUACCAUUGACAAAUAUGGAAGUUAUCAUGUGACCUAAAUGGCAAGGGGGGUAACUCAAUACUCAGUAAUUUAUAUGUUAUGACUAAGUGAGCUAAAUUACAGCUGACUGCUUUGGUUAAAUAAAUUUUGUCAUAAAAUGUGCUGAAAAAUACUUAGAAUAUUUAUUAAUGUUGUAAUUGUUAUAGAUAGAUAAACAUUGUCAUGAAGUGUGCUUUAAAUAUAAAUAUCUCUUGUAUAAACGUUUUAGAUAGGUAAAUUUUACAGGUAAAUUUUGUCAUAAAGUUAGCUUCGAAUAUGUAAACAUAGCAAUGCUAAAUGUUUUAUAUAAGUGAAUGCACAUUAAAUCAGCUCAGUUUUAGGGCAUAGUACAUUUUGUCUUAAUAAUGAUCAGCUUUGUCGGUAUGUUAUGCUUCAUUAUUAAAAGACAUGCUUUAUGUUACAAUAAAACAUGAUAUGUGUGGUGUUAAGCUCUCUAAAAAAGUUGUAUAGUAAAGCUGGCUAAGCUUAGUUAUUAUAAUAUAUAUGGUAAAGCUUUAUUUAUUUAUGAAAUAUUACAUCUAAGACUGUGAUUCAAGGUCUGAGGGAAUAAAGCUUUUAAAAGGGUUGGAAUAAAACUUUAAAUGACUGGAAAAGUUAGCUGAUGAUUAUGGAGAUACUGUUUGUUUGUAUUAGAAAAAUAUAAUCAAGGUGGAGGGACUGUAGCAAGCCUUUUAGAGGAUUGUUUCAAUAUCAGACCAUCAAAUUAAGUGAAUUUGAUGUGUUAUUAUUUCUGACUGUACCUUCAUUUGUCUCAUAUUUCAGUCAUUCAAAACUUCAGCAACACUGUUUUUAGCUCACCUGAGCACAAAGUGCUCAGGGUGAGGUAUUGUGAUUGCUCACCGUCUGGCGUCCGUCCGUCCACACUUUCCUUUAAACAACAUCUCCUCCUAAACCAACUGGCCAAUUUUGAUGAAACUUCACAGGGAUGUUCCUUGGAUGGCCCCCUUUUAAAAUUAUUCAAAGAAUUGAAUUCCAUGCAGAACACUGGUUGCCAUGGCAACCGAAAGGAAAAACUUAAAAAAUCUUCUUCUCAAAAACCAGAAGCCCUAGAGUUUAGAUAUUUGGUGUGAAGCAUUGCCUAGUGGACCUCUACCAAAUUUGUUCAUAGCCCCCGGGGUCAAAAUUGACCCCGCCCCAGGGGUCACUUGAUUUUACAUAAGAAAAUCUUAAAAAAUCUUCUUCUAAAAAACCAGAAGCCUUAGAGCUUAGAUAUUUGACGUGUAGCAUUACCUAGUGGACCUCAACUAAAUUGUUCAAAUCAUGACCCGGGGGUCAAAAUUGACCCCGCCCCAGGGGUCACUUGAUUUUACAUAGGAAAAUCUUCAAAAAAUUUCUAAAAAUAAACCAGAAGGCCUAGAGCUUAGAUAUUUCACAUGUAGCAUUGCCUAUUGGACCUCUACAAAAUUUGUUCAAUCAUGGCCCCGGGGGUCAAAAUUGACCCCGCCCCAGGGGUGACUUGAUUUUACAUAGGAAAAUAUUUAAAAAAUCUUCUUCUCAAAAACCAGAAAGCCUAGAGCCUAGAUAUUUGACAUGUAGCAUUGCCUAGUGGACCUCUACUAAAGUUGUUCAAAUUAUGACCCGGGGGUCAAAAUUGACCCCGCCCUAGGGGUCACUUGACUUUACAUAGGAAAAUCUUAAAAAGUUUUCUAAAAAUAAACCAGAAGGCCUAGAGCUUAGAUGUUUCACAUGUAGCAUUACCUAGUGGACCUCUACAAAAUUUGUUCAUAUCAUGACCCCCUGGGUCAAAAUUGACCUGCCCCAGGGGUCACUUGAUUUUACAUAGGAAAAUCUUCAAAAAUUUUCUAAAAAUAAACUAGAAGGCCUAGAGACUUGAUAUUUGACAUGUAGCAUUGCCUAGUGGUCAAAAUUGACUCCGCCCUAGGGGUCACUUGAUUUUACAUAGGAAAAUCUUAAAAAAAAAUCUAAAUAAUCUAAUAAACCAGAAGGCCUAGAUCUUAGAUGUAGCAUUGCCUAUUAGACUUUUACAAAGUUUAUUCAAAUCAUGACCCCUGGGGUCAAAUUGACCCUGCCCAAUGGGGUUACUUGAUUGUACAUAGAAAAAUCUUCAAAUUUUUUUUAAAAUAAACCAGAAGAGCUUAGAUAUUUGACAUGUAGCAUUGCCUAGUGGACCUCUACAAAAGUUUUCAAAUCUUGUUUUUAAAGUUACUUAAAGAAAAUUUCAUCUAUAUUUUCUCAUAAUUCUUUUGAUUGAUUUCUGUUAUGAUCUUUUGACCUUGAAGACUUGUCCUUAAGUGCAAUGAUAACAGGUGAGCGAUAUAGGGCCAUCAUGGCCCUCUUGUUCUGGCAUUACUACAAUUUUUCAGUACUGCAAGUUUUUCUGUUUGCUGUGACAUUGCCAAUGUUUGCUGCAAUAUUGCCAAUGUUUAUUGCAGCAUUUGCCGAUGUUUACCGCACCGAUGUUUACUGCAGCAUUUGUCUAUGUUUACUGCAGCAUUGCCAAUGUUGGCUGCAAUAUUGCCAUUGUUGCCAAUAUUUACCGCAGCAUUGGUAAUGUUUGCUGCAAUGUUUACUGCAGCAUUUGCCGAUGUUUACUGCAGCAUUGCCAGUGUUUGCUGCAAUAUUGCCAAUGUUGCCAAUAUUUACUGCAGCAUUGGUAAUGUUUGCUGCAAUAUCGGCAAUAUUUGCUAUUAAUGCGACAGUAAUGUAUGAUUUCUGGUAUAAACUUCAAAGGUAAAAAAACAAGAUCUGUUUUUAAUGUUUAACAGUGUGUCCACAUGCUACUUUGUUUUGUCUUGUUAUAUGACCAAAGAAGGAAUUCCAUUAUGAAAACAGUUCAAAGGUGAAGGUUAUAAAGCGUGCCUAGUAUCUGUGGUAUAUAUUUUAUCCGUCCAUGGUUAUUUUUUGCUGUUUUUACAGCUGAGAUAUUUAUUUUAUUGUUUAAAAAAACUUUUGUUUUCUGCACUGGGAUUAUAUGCAUCAGAACAUGUUUAUUGUAUAACUUGAAUGUUACAUACCUAGAAACAUUCGUCAUAAAAACUGAUUUGUUAAUUAACUUCAUGUCAUCUUUUGGCUGCAUUUUGAAAAGCUACCUUGAUGUGUGUCAACAUUUCUUUUUCGGAACAGGUUGUUGUUUUCAUCUGAAUUCUUUUGAUAAACAGCUAGAAUAUGUAAACAAGCUAACUGGGAUGGACUGAAUGCAAGGUGCAGUUCUAUAGUAGACAUGUUUUGAUGUAUAUCUAUACCUGUGAUAUAUUUCUGUAUUUGUUUUAUUGUGUGUGAAAACCGGAAUCUGACUAUUCUGUGUAAUGUUUUUUGGGUUUUUUUGCACCCCUAUAUUGUGUUUUAGAAUCUUCAAUCCCACUUGAUGGAUGAUUACAUUUUUUCCCAUCAGGGGUGAGCAGAUUCAGAUAUAAAUUAAUAUGAAUAUUGUAAAUUUUGGUGUGACUAUAUAGUGAACACUAUUUUACCACCAUAUUUAAGCCGUUUGAAAAAGUUCUGAUGUCAUGGUUUUAUGCAGAUAUCAUUUUGUUUCAGAUAAGCUGAUUUGGGGCUAGUUUACUUUUAUCUUUUAGAGCUAUAGCAAAACAAAAACAAAACAAACAAGCAAAGAAACUUGUUAAUUCCACUGUUGGCAAACAUCUGUGUAUGACUUAUCAUUUACAAAUGUAUAUUUAUGCCUGCUAUAAAAACCUUCUGUUUUAGAAUGCUUGUAGAAAUAUAAAAUUAUACCAUUACUGUCUCGUAGGAUUGCUAUUUUUAGAAAACAUUCCGCCAUUUUCUGUGAUGCGCCAUGUAAACACAUUUUAUUUUUUCUGCAAUAAAGUACAUUGAGCUUAGAA